AUGGCGAUACUCCGCAUUCCCAACAUCUCCGAACGUAUGAGGGCCGUGGAGCUGUUCAUCAGCAGCUACCGAGGGGCUACGGGGAGCACUGCUGCUACUAUGCACAACAUGCAGGACAUUGAGCGUGAAAUGGCCAUGAGCAUGACGGCGACAGAGAGUGAGACGAUCGUCGUGACGGCGGCUGAUGCUCAGACCCUGAUACAAUCCUCUAAAGAAUAUGGCGAAAAGUACACGUUUCAAGUGGUCCUUCCACUGGUCAAGAAACACACCUCUAAUAUAGAAUUCAUUGUUGCAUUCCUAACAGGGCUUUUUCGAGCCAGCGAGGCCGAUAAGCUUCGCCUUGAGAUCGUCCAGAACCUCUUCCAAGACAUUCUUGGCGAUGUGAUUUCAGACCUCCAAAUUCAGUACCGAGAAGUUGGACACGAACAGCUGCUGAAUGAGUACGCUAAACGAAGGCGCUUCGAUUACAAUGGGCACGUAUCUCAGGCCGCAGAAGACCAAAGCCCGAGAGCCAUGACCGCAGAGAAACUGGCGAGUCUAUUCCACAGCUGUGAAAAGCUGGGUCUCUCUCGUGAAAUCGAUCAGCUCGCCGAUAAAAUUAUCUCGCACGCUCCCAACGCGAAUACCGUGACUUUCGAGGGUGUUCUUCUACCACUAAUUAAACAGCUUCCGCCGCCCGUCGAACGAGCAUCCAAGAUCGCAAACCCUCACAGCUAUACGCGUCUCUUUCGCACAGUUCUCUCGUCCUACAUCAACACCUACGUCCAACCCGCCCCCAAAAAGCCUACAGGCUUGGAGCGCCAACCUCGUGGCUGUAGCCUCUAUUGCGAUGACUGUGUAAAACUCGACGCCUUUCUUAAUAAUCAACAAAGGGCCCAAGUGCACUUCUCGCUCAAUGGCAAGCGUCGCGAUCACAUAGAAGAGCGCUUGAGACAAAGUUAUUGCAGCACGGAAACCAUAAAGCGUCGGACGCCAUACACUCUCGUUGUGAAAAAGACGGGGAUGGAGUGGGAGAAUGCGAUGAAGGAAUGGAAGCAGAGAUGUGAGGUUGCAUGGAAGACUGUUGAGGAGAUCGGAAUUGAAAAGUUGAGAGGGUUGCUGGGGGAGGGAUGGGAGGAUGUUGUGGGGCUCGGAGGUAUCAUGCAGGAUGGUAGGGAAGAGAGCGGUGAGAGAUGCCCUUUUGGCAAUCUGGCGCAGGGGAAGGGAACAAGUGGUGCGGUUGAGACAGGGGCGAACAAGGUAGCGGGGCAUGUUGGGCCUGAGAUCAUUGAUCUGGAUUGUGAAUUAGGCGGAGGUGACCCAGCUCUCAAGGGCGUUUUGACGAACAAUACCAUGUUGCUCUUCUAG